AGACAACAUCCACAUAGUUUCUUUUUUUUGAUUUUCUUGUAGAUGUAGCCAAAGGAUACAACAACGUCUCACCUGUUCUGCUGCUAGAAGAUGGCCACUGCAGACGUUCACCUGGGCUCAGGCCCUGAUGAGGAUGACGUGAGUCUGUCGGGGAGCGAGUCCGACUCAGACAGCAUCCUCUCUGAUGACUCGGUGCUUCCAGACUACACUCCAGAGGAAGCAGACGGGCCUGCGGCAUCAACACUGUAUCGAGCAUGCGCGCGUAAUGAACCCGUCUCUCUGCAGAGAGUUCUGGAGAGAGGGGUCACAAAAGCGGAGGUCACAGAGCUGGACAUCAAUGGCAUGAAUGGCUUGAUGGUGGCUUGCUACAAAGGUUUCAUGGACAUUGUAUAUGGGCUUCACGGCUGUCCCUUUAUGGACAUAAACCACCAGGACAAUGAAGGCAACACUGCUCUGAUGAUUGCAUCCCAAGCAGGUCAUGUCAACACAGUCAUGUAUCUCCUAAACUACUAUCCCGGUAUAGACACUGAAAUAAAGGAUUGUCGCGGUUUCACAGCACUCAUCAAAGCUGCGAUGACCGGCCGCAAUGACGUCAUGGCUGCCCUUCUUAUGGCUGGGGCUCACAUACACGCAGUAGACUCCACAAGAGGAAAAUGCGCUCAGGACUGGGCAGUGAAAACAGGUCGCCAUGAGACCCUGUAUCGUCUCCGCCGCCUUAAUAUGCGGCCAAAAGCUGAGCAGUGCUGUGAAAGUUAUGUCCCUGAUUGGCCUGAGCUCCAGGAGAGGGUAGCAAAGGCCACAUCUGACAAAAGUGCCAGGGAAAAAAUCACCCAGCGGAUCAAAAACUCAUUCGGAUUCAGAUUUCCUCGUGACCCCCAGGACAACGGGGCCUUGGACCACAUGGUGCGCAUUACUACCAGUGUCCACAGUCCCCUCAUUUCAACUGGAUGCCGUCCGCUCUGCCCUACAAGCCCUCCUGAGGUGGGGAAGAGGCGCAUGGCUGUGCCAGAGCUGAUGCAGAAACACCCAGCUAAGGACUUAGAAGAGCGCUCAGUGUGCCACAGCAACGGCUCAGUGUCACACAUCAUUCCCACAAUCCAAUCUGCGGAGCCCAUCCCUAUAAUGUGCUGCGCCGAUACGGAGCGGCGAGGCAGCAUCCUCUCAUUGGCUUCAUCCAAUGUUACAACCACAUUUAUUUCCCGCAGUAUGGCGAGAAGGAACAGCGUGUUCCCCUCUGGCUGCAUCCCCAAGAUUGAUGUUGUCAGACCUUCAGACGCAACGCCGAAGAAAGAAAAGAAGAAGAAGAAGAAGAAGAAGAAUAAGAAGGGCUUCUUGGAACCACCGGUAUGGAGGUACAAGGAGAUCAAGGAUGAGAAAAAGAAGGAGAAGAAGAAAGCCGAGAAAGAGAAAGAGAAAAAGAAAGAAAAAGAAAAAGAAAAAGACAACAAGAAAGUCAAAAAUUAAGAGUUUAAAAAAGGGCUGUUCUGCUGUAUGAACCAUCCCUUUCGAAAAUGAUAUGCUUUUAAAAAAUGUGUCCAACUCUCAACUUUCAAACCAAAUAUCUUGGACAUUUGCAGAAAAUAUAGAACCUUAACCUAAAAGGAAAAUAGACAGGAGAUAUUUUUUAUUCCUAAAACUGAAUGACAGAGGACCUCAAACGAGUACUGCAGAGGGUUUGUAGCUUUAAGCCUCGAAUGUCAAAAGGUU